AUGGGCGAUAAGAAGCGCAAGGUCGUUGAGGACCCGACUGAGCCCAUUGCUCCCGAAGGCAAGAAGCUGAAGAAGGAGAAGAAGGAAAAGAAAGAAAAGAAGGAAAAGCGCAAGGCUGAGAAGGAGGCUGAGGUUGCGCCUGUCGAGACUGCCCCCGCGCAGGAGGAGGUGACCGAGAAGAAGGAAAAGAAAGACAAGAAGGAGAAGAAAGACAAGAAGGAGAAGAAAGAAAAGAAGGAGAAGAAGGCCGAAGCCGAAUCCAGCAAAGAUGCCGAGGAGACCCCUCUGUUCACGAUAGACACCGAGGGCGACAAGGCCAUGAAGGAGAAGAUCUCCAAGAAGGACAAGAAGGAAAAGAAGGAAAAGAAAGACAAGAAAGACAAGAAGGCCAAGGUCUCCAAGGAAGCCACCGAAGAGUCUGCGGACGCCGAGGAGGCCACUGAAGAGACUGCUGCUGAAGAUGGCGUGGACAAGAAGAGCUCCCGCUUCAUUUGCUUCGUCGGCAACCUCCCCUACUCCGCCAACCUUGAGUCCCUUACAAAGCACUUCGAGAAGAACCCUCCCGCCUCAAUUCGUGUCGCGACCAAGCCUGAGACUCCUAAGAAGUGCCGUGGCUUCGCCUUCAUCGAGUUCGACAACUACGACCGCAUGAAGACCUGCCUCAAGCUCUACCACCACUCCACCUUUGACGACGGCAAGUACCCGCCUCGUCGCAUGAACGUCGAGCUGACUGCCGGCGGCGGCGGCGGUAACUCCGAGCAUCGCAAAGAGAAGAUCAGAGCCAAGAACGAGAAGCUCAACGAGGAGCGCUCCCGUGAUGCGAAGAAGAUCAACAAGGAUAAGCGAAAGCACGACAAGGCUCCCGCUGCUGAGGGUCCCAGUGGUGUCAAUGCCGUUGCCGUCCCCGAGGACGACAAGUGGGCGGGCAUUCACCCCAGCCGCAGGCCGCGUGUGAUGAACUAG